AUGGCAGCCUCCACACUGUCCACGCAUGCAGUGUAAAAUCUGCUGGUUUUCAGAAAUUUCUCUAAACAUACUGCCAGUUUUGUCGUAAACCAUGUCCGGACGACAGAACAACAAAUUGCCAAACAAUUUGCCACAGCUGCAGAAUCUUAUUAAGAGAGAUCCACAGUCAUACGUAGAUGAGUUUCUGCAGCAGUUUCGACACUACCAGUCCAAUGUUCAGAUCUUCAAACUGCAGCCUGACAAGCCGAACAAGGACCUGGCGGAGCUUGUCAUGUUUCUUGCUCAGGUUGGCCACUGCUACCUGCAGCACCUGUCCACCUUUCCACAAGAGCUGUCUGAGUUAUUACUGAGUUACCACACAGUCCUAGAGCCAGACCUAAGAAUGACCUUCUGCAAAGCUCUUAUUCUUCUGAGGAAUAAAGAUCUGAUCGACCCCUCUGGUCUCCUGGAGCUCUUCUUUGAGCUGCUGCGAUGUCACGACAAGCUUCUCAGAAAGACACUGUACACACAUAUUGUAACCGAUAUCAAAAACAUCAAUGCUAAGCACAAAAACAACAAGGUUAACACAACCUUACAGAACUUCAUGUACACCAUGCUGAGAGACAGCAAUCCCAUAGCAGCAAAGAUCUCCUUAGAUGUCAUGGUUGAGCUUUACAAAAGGAAUAUAUGGAAUGAUGCCAAGACCGUUAAUGUCAUUACAACAGCAUGCUUCUCCAAGGUGACAAAGAUCCUUGUUGCAGGUCUUAAAUUCUUUCUGGGCAAAGAUGAUGACGAGAAAAAUGAGAGUGAUUCAGAAUCAGAGACGGAGGGACCCUCAGUCCGGGACCUGAAGGUGAGAUACUCGACUGGCAAGAAAACCACGAAAAACAAGAAGAAGCUGGAAAAGGCGAUGAAAGUCCUGAAGAAACACAAGAAAAAGAGGAAAGCGGAAGUCUUCAAUUUCUCCGCUAUUCACCUUAUUCAUGAUCCUCAAGAUUUCUCAGAGAAGCUCUUGAAGCAGUUGGAAGACUCUAAAGAGCGUUUCGAGGUGAAGAUCAUGAUGAUGGAUCUCAUAUCCAGACUGGUUGGAAUCCAUGAGCUCUUCCUCUUCAAUUUUUAUCCCUUCAUCCAGAGGUUUCUGCAGCCCCAUCAAAGAGAGGUAACAAAGAUUCUCCUGUGUGCUGCUCAGGCUUCCCAUAAGCUCGUCCCACCAGAUAUCAUCGACCCUGUAAUCAUGACCAUCGCCAACAACUUUGUGACAGACAGAAACUCCGGGGAGGUCAUGACUGUGGGUAUCAAUGCCAUCAAGGAAGUGACGGCCCGCUGCCCGCUCGCCAUCACAGAAGACCUGCUUCAGGACCUGGCUCAGUACAAAACCCACAAAGACAAGAAUGUGAUGAUGUCUGCCAGAGGACUGAUCCAGCUGUUCAGGAGUCUUAAUCCACAGAUGUUGCACAAGAAGGACAGGGGGAGACCCACAGAGGCGUCAGCAGAGGCCAAGAUCAAAGACUACGGAGAGCUUGAGGCGAAAGACUACAUCCCCGGAGCUGAAGUCCUGGAGGUGGAGGAGGAGAACAAAGAGGGAGAGGAGGACGAAGAUGGCUGGGAGAGUGCCAGCAUUAGUGAUGACGAAGAAGACGGGGAGUGGGUGGACGUUCACCACUCGUCUGAUGAAGACACGGGAGAAGUGGCGGAGAAGCUUCAGAGUAUGCCCGUCGAGGAGAGAAAAGCCAGAGCGGCGGCGGUCAGCGGCAGCAGGCUCCUCACUCAAGACGACUUCAAGAAGAUCCGUCUGGCCCAGAUGGCCAAGGAGGUCGACGCUGCACCGGGCAAGGGCCAGAAGAGGAAGACUGUGGACAGCGACGACGAGCGCGACAGCAGAGGGGAGCUGCUGACCUUGAGGAAUAUUGAGAAACUGCACAAGAAACCAAAAGCAGACAAGGAAACGCGCCUGGCAACAGCGAUGGCGGGACGGACCGACCGGAAGGAGUUUGUGAAGAAGCGGACCAAGCUGAACCCACACGCCAGCACCAGCAACAAGGAGAAGAGGAGGACGAAGAACUUCAUGAUGAUGAGACACAGUCAGAACGUCCGAACCAAAGGCAAACGCUCCUUCAGAGAGAAACAGCUCGCUCUACGGGAUGCACUCCUGAAAAAGAGGAAGCAGCACAAGUAGGACACCUGGACAUCGUGCUGUGUUUGCCUCACGCCGUCACCAACCUGAACUCUGACUGUGUCUAAUAAUAUUGUACAUCCUUCAAGUAGCCUGUAAAACUCAUUUUAUUCGUGUGUUAUUUUCAGCCGAUGAACUGCACACAUUUACACUCUUCUAAAAUAAACCAACUUUGAUAAUUGUGUGAAGGUUUCUUUGUAAGUAAAGGUCUCAAUGAAGACGAUAUUCCUACUAAGACAUUCACAUGAACACAGUUUCAUUCCUUCAGCCGCCUUCUUGAAAAGCUCAGUGCUGCAAUAUUUGCCUCUUGAUAUCCGUCUUUUGUGAUGUUUAAAAUUGGCUUGUUUCUCCUUCCAAACAGAAAUGUGGGCUUUUGUUUUUGCAUGCGUC